AAUACUUGGUGUGUUUUUAGUUUUGUGCGUUUAGUUCUUUGUUGUUGUUUGGCAUUUCGCCCGUCGUCUGAAAGUGAUAUGCGCGCAUUUCGGUGAUAAGCAGUGUACUUAAAAAAUCAGCGACUGUUGACAAUUAGUAAUGGUUAGUGGGAGCAGCUUGAGAUGCUAGAGUGAGGCGCCCGAAGGCGAACGGGAGGAACUGCAAGUGCAACUGCAGCGCGGUGCAAGCGUAUACGCGCUUGAGUGCAGCGCCGAUCAACGGAACGGACCCGAUCUGGACUGGAUUGGACUGAGGUAGCCCCAGAAGCCCCCAGGCCAAGACAUCGGCAGCCAUGAAGUUCGCCGAGCACCUGUCGGCGCACAUAACGCCUGAGUGGCGCAAACAAUACAUCAACUAUGAGGAAAUGAAGGCCAUGCUGUAUUUGGCCGUGGAGGAGGCGCCAUCGGUGGAGAGUGUCGAGGACGACGUGCUGAAGCGCCACUUCGCCAACUUCGACGAGAACUUCUUCCACUACUGCGACAAGGAGCUGAAGAAGAUCAACACAUUCUACUCGGAGAAGCUGGCGGAGGCCACGCGCAAGUUCGCCACCCUGAACGCCGAGCUGAAGACCUCCAUCGAGGAGUCGGAGCGGAGCGCCAAGAAGUCCAAGGGCCAGAAGCGGCACGCCGCGCUUCCGGAUCGCAAGGCCCGCGAACUGAAGUUGGCCUUCAGCGAGUUCUACCUGAGUCUGAUCCUCCUGCAGAACUACCAGAAUCUGAAUCACACCGGCUUCCGCAAAAUACUCAAGAAGCACGAUAAACUCUUGCGCGUCGACAGUGGCGCCAAGUGGAGGCAGGAGUACGUGGAGGCGUCGCACUUCUUCACCAACAAGGACAUCGACAACAUCAUCAAUGAGACGGAGACGACGGUCACGGGCGAACUGGAGGGCGGCGAUCGGCAGCGGGCGAUGAAGCGGCUGCGAGUGCCGCCGCUGGGGGAGCAGCAGAGUCCGUGGACGACCUUCAAGGUGGGCCUCUUCUCCGGCAGCUUCAUAGUGCUGGGCAUUGUGGUGGUGCUGUCUGCCAUCUUCCACGAGAUCAGCGGCGAGAACCUGAAGGUCACGUUCCGCCUGUACCGCGGUCCCCUGCUCAUCAUCGAGUUCAUCUUCCUCAUCGGCGUGAACAUCUACGGCUGGCGGUCGUCAGGCGUGAACCACGUCCUCAUCUUCGAGCUCGAUCCGCGCAACCAUCUGUCCGAACAGCACCUCAUGGAACUGGCGGCGAUCUUCGGCGUCGUGUGGACGCUAAGCAUGCUGAGUUUCCUGUACAGCGCCAGUUUGGCCAUUCCGGCCUUCAUCAACCCGCUGACGCUCACGCUGAUCAUGGUGCUCUUCCUGGCCAAUCCGUUCCAUGUGCUCCACCACGAUGCCCGCUUUUGGCUGUGGCGAAUCACUGGUCGCUGUCUGUCCGCGCCGUUCUUUCACGUGGGCUUCGCCGAUUUCUGGCUGGGCGAUCAGCUCAACUCGCUGGCCACAGCGAUCCUCGACUUCGAGUACCUCAUCUGCUUCUACUUCACGAACGGCAACUGGACGGAGGCCCGGGAUGCCUCCAUUUGCAUGGAGAAGGACUUCAUCAUUCGGCCGAUUGUGAACUGCCUGCCGGCGUGGUUCCGAUUUGCCCAGUGCCUGCGGCGAUAUCGCGACUCGAGGGAGGCCUUUCCCCACUUGGUGAACGCCGGCAAGUACUCCACCACUUUCCUGGUGGUCAUCUUCGCCACCCUCAAGAGCUUUCACAGUCCCAACUAUGCCAGCACUUUUGAUAAUCCCUACACGUGGUUGUGGAUCAUCUCCUCGAUUGUCUCAUCCUGCUACGCCUACACCUGGGAUAUCAAGAUGGAUUGGGGACUGUUCGACAAGAACGCCGGCGAGAAUACUUUUCUGCGCGAGGAAGUCGUCUACUCAUCGACGGGUUUUUACUACUUUGCCAUCGUGGAAGAUCUGGCGCUUCGCUUUAUUUGGGUGCUGUCUUUCUACCUCACCGAGAUGAAAAUCGUGAGCAGCGACAUAAUGACCUCCAUCACGGGAAUCCUGGAGGUGUUCCGUCGCUUUGUGUGGAACUUCUUCCGGUUGGAGAACGAGCACCUGAACAACUGCGGUAAGUUCCGAGCCGUGCGCGACAUCUCGAUAGCGCCGCUGGACUCCUCCGACCAGGCGCUCAUCCUGCGCAUGAUGGACGAGGCGGAUGGCGUGAUCAAUCGCUACACGAAGACGAACCGACCGAAGCCCAAGAAGGUCAAGGACCCGGAGAAGAGGAGCCUGCUCCAGAACCGCGGAUCGCUGCCCGACCUCAGGAUCGAUAUGGACAGUAAAAAGUUGUAGGCAGCGUUGUAGGUCGCCGCCCACCGAAUUGUGCUUCCUAAUGAACGAUUUUGCGGAACGUGUGUUUACUGAUAACUCUGUGUGUACACCACUUUUUUUAAACAAUUUUUUUUUUGCGUUGUUUAGCUAAUUUGUAUAUUUAGUGACUAAGUACUUAAAGUUGAGGAGAGACAAUGUCCAGCAAUAAUUAGUGCAUAAGAUUUCUAACUGAUUUAGCAUUCCAUUUAUGCGGUUAACUAACGAAAAAGACCUAUGCCUAUAUCGAUAACUAUAUCUAUAACUAUAACUAUAACCCUUAACCAUUAGCCCCUAAGCCACAUUUCCGAGUUUCCAAAUCCGAUUCGAAACCCACACCUUCCACAACAAAUUGGAGUAGAGAACGGCAGUAUUAGUACUUAGAAAAGGCGAACAAAAUAACCGAAAAGAAAGCAAAGCAAAGCAAAAAGAAAAAGCAACCUGCACUACCUGCAGCCACCACAUUCCUCUAUCUGUCAGUGUAUGUUUACCGUUAGUCAAUUAGUUAGAUUUGCCUUAUCUGUUAUCUUUCUGUCCACCGUUUGAUUGAUAUGCGACAUAGACUGUGACCAAAACGAGAUCCAAACUUAACUAAAAACUGAAACUGAAACUAAAACUGAAACUAAAACUGAAACUAAAACUGAAACUAAAACUGAAACUAAAACUGAAAGUGAAAAUGAAACCGAAGGGAAUUGUAUAUAGUAUACAUAGAGUUGUGCCUGUGUGUGUUUUUCUCUCAGUGUGUGUGUGUGCAAGGUCUAGGAUUCCAAAGUAGAUUCUGUAGAACUGAGUGGAAAUGAUAAAUCUAGGCCUAAAAGUGCAAUUAUGUUUAUGCGGUAAAUACAGAAGUCUACAUAAAAUAUACAUAUAGGCUUAAGGGCAUUUCGUCGGAUAUUUAUUGAAGACUUUGUCAAUUUUUGCCAUAACUAGCUCGUGUUUUGAGCUUUACAUUGCCUCUUCAAAAUAAACAAAUAUUAUGUGUAAAAUUGCUUUUGAUACGAAGAACAACUGGUGCACAAAAUCGGACCUACUUAUUACUCAACGAUGUGUUUGUGAAAUCUCUCGAGAUUUCGAAGAGAAGGCAAGCAAAUGUUUAGGAGAAAACAUUUCAGUGCCUUCAGUUGAAGCGGAAAUCUCCAGGGAUUUCAAAAACAAACCGCUCUAUCAUAUAAUGAAUGGUUCACCAAUCUAGGCCUUAAGCUGAGUAGUUAACUUAUCCACAUACACACACACACCAUGUAAUGUACACCUUCGCGGGAAAAACUUAAGAAUGAAAAUGUAACGAAAUAAAGACGGCUUGAAGUAUGCAGCAAAAAA